AUGAUGCUAGUUGUCGUUAGCAGGCUAGGGCUAGGCUAGCUGGAGGUUUGCUCUGGUACUGUUGCGAAAAGGGUGAUAAUUAGCCAGACACUCGGGCUUGGUUUAUAUCCCAGCCAAAAGUAAAAUAACCUGCUUGAGCUUUUCGGCAGAGAGUACAGCAUCAAGACAAUGCUCUCGGUAUAGCGGCCAGGACAACAUUGGAAUUAUGAUUCAUAUACGUGGAUUACUGGCCAUGGUUUUGGAAAAUAUGAAGUGAUUUUUACGACUAAAAAUGCCCACUGACAAUUCUGACUGCUGCUUCUCUCCACGUUUGGAUCUAUCGUUCCGUUUUUAAAGAUAUUUUUGGAUUCACACUACGGUGGCCAUUGUGCUUCAUGCAAACGUUAACCAUGUGUCAAAGGUGGAAGGAUAUGUUCAGAUUAGUAUAAAUAUAUGUGGGAGAUCGCCCAAAGGAAGCCCUGGCAGGAAGCCUAGGACGGGAUAGGUACUGAAAAACGUUUCCCGGAGAAACAUGGCUUCAGUUUGGAAGAGACUGCAACGUGUAGGGAAGCAUGCCUCCAAAUUCCAGUUUGUGGCAUCCUACCAGGAGCUGAUGGUGGAAUGUACUAAGAAAUGGCAACCAGACAAACUAGUUGUGGUUUGGACACGAAGAAGUCGAAGGAAAUCGUCCAAGUCCCACAGCUGGCAGCCUGGCAUUAAAAACCCUUAUCGUGGUGUGGUGGUGUGGCCAGUCCCUGAAAACAUUGAGAUCACGGUCACCUUGUUUAAGGACCCACAUGCAGAGGAGUUUGAAGACAAGGAGUGGACAUUUGUCAUUGAAAAUGAGUCGCCAUCUGGAAGGAGGAAGGCCUUGGCAACCAGCAGCAUUAACAUGAAGCAGUAUGCCAGCCCCAUGCCUACACAAACGGAUGUCAAGCUGAAGUUUAAGCCCUUGUCCAAAAAGGUGGUGUCUGCCACUCUGCAGUUCUCCCUCUCCUGCAUCUUCCUCCGCGAGGGAAAGGCCACGGAUGAAGACAUGCAGAGUCUUGCCAGCUUAAUGAGCAUGAAACAGGCUGAUAUUGGAAACCUGGAUGAUUUUGAAGAGGACAAUGAGGAGGACGAGGAAAACAGGGUGAACCAGGAGGAGAAAGCUGCCAAAAUCACAGAACUGAUCAACAAGCUGAACUUUCUGGAAGACGAAGAUCCAGACGCCCCUCCCACCAUGAGCACCAAUCCGUUUGAUGACCCUGAGGAUGACCUCCAAGAUCCCAACCACCUCAAUCCUUUUGGAGAGCCUGAGGAGGAAGAGACCCCUGUCCAGCCAGUUCCACGACACCAAGAUGAUUUCUGUAAUGACCACGAUUCUUCAAAUCCAUUUAAUGAGUCUGAAGAUCCAGAGACCCCAGGAAACCCAUUUGAAGAGGCAGACCAAGACCCAGAGCCCAGCCCCGAGCCCCCCAAACCCAGGCAGAAGAAAGGCGUGCGGCCUGUCGACAUGAGCAAGUAUCUCUACGCUGAAACCUCCCACAACCACCAAGACGAGCUUGAUGAAUCCAAUCCGUUCUACGAGCCAAGGACAUCCAGCCCUGUGCAGCCUCCCACUGGCAGCUCGUCUUUGGAUGAGGGGAGCAGCCAGAAGAGGAGGGCCCCCCCACCUCCUAGUGUCAGUCCCCAUGCUGGCUCCUCUGUCCUAGAUCCCAAACCUAGUCCUGGCCCAGACAAGGAGAGGGCCCCACCAGCAGGACCCAGCUCUGUUGCUGCAGUCAUGGGGAGGGAGCUGGCUUCCUCCUCCCCUAAGCCCAGUCCUGUUCCCAGUCCGGUGUUGGGUGGAAAGCCAAAUGCCAGUCAGUCUCUUUUGGCCUGGUGCCGUGAUGUCACUAAAAACUACCGUGGGGUAAAAAUCACCAACUUCACCACAUCAUGGAGGAAUGGCCUGGCCUUCUGCGCCCUGCUUCAUCACUUCAGGCCAGACAUGAUAGACUACAAGUCGUUAAAUCCUCAGGAUAUUAAAGAAAACAACAAAAAGGCAUAUGAUGGCUUUGCCAGUCUUGGCAUCUCCCGUCUCUUGGAACCUUCCGACAUGGUGCUAUUAGCGAUUCCUGACAAACUCACAGUAAUGACCUAUCUGUACCAGAUCCGAGCACACUUCUCUGGAGAGGAGCUCAACGUAGUGCAGAUAGAAGAGAACAGUAGUCGCAGCACUUAUAAAGUGGGUGACUUUGAGACCGACACAAAUGCUUCCAUUGGUCAGGACAAGUUUUAUGCAGAACUAAAUGAUGUACAGCUACGACCAACUGUAUCCCAGGCUGAUUCACCUGCUGCUGAAAACUGUAAUAAAAGUGGACAUGAAGACCAGAUAAACUCUAAUUUGAAAGCUGAAGUAGCAGAAGUGUCAUCUUCACAGUCAACAGCACCAUGUCCUAUUCCAGCACCGCGUACAACAAUAACCACCACAGACUCCAGGCUGGCCCUUGAGUCGAAUAAGACCCCUGAGGAGAGACCAAAGGUAGUUAAAGCGGACACCCUGGACCUGGGAGACCUACCACAAAGAGUGAACACAGACACGCGAAAGGAGGAGGGAAGAGGAGAGAGUGUGUCAGUAUCAGAAGGUCCCUUCAGAAGAGGAGCCUCUCAGUUGUCCUCCUCACCUCCACAACAGAAACUAGGCUUCUCCUACAACCGAGAUGCUGACCUGAUCAAGAAGAAGAGGGCCAGUCUGCGCCAUGCAGAGUCUGAACCACCCUCAGACACCAGCUCUGCUCCAACAAAUCACAUAGAUACAAGCCCCAAACCGACCCCAACUCCAGCCCCUGUCUCAAGUCCCACAGCUGAAAAGAAAGGCCUGUCCCGUCAGGAGGAGUUGAAGGAGCGAGCUCGUCUUCUGCUUGAACAGGCUCGCCGUGAUGCUGCACUGAAAGCCAGCAACAAGACUUUCCCCAACUCAGCCUUCACUGCACCAGCCAAAGCUACAACUGUUUCUGAUGAGCAAGACGCAGAGCGGAGGAGGCAGCUGAGAGAGAGGGCAAGGCAGCUGAUCGCAGAGGCUCGAUCUGGAGUCAAAAUGUCCGACCUGAGCACGUUAGAUGCAGACAGAGCCAGAGGAACCCGGGCCAGUCCUGCUGGAGGUCUGAACAGUAAACAUGUGGACCUUAAGCUGAAGAAGAUUGAGACCAAAUCAGGAGCGACCUUACCUUCAUCCCCAUCUUCAACAUCCUCUUCCUCAUCACCCUCUGUGUCAUCCUCCACGCUCAGUCCAGGCGAAGGGCCAGAGAACAAUGCAGAUGAACUUCGUGCAGAGCGUCUGCGUAGGGCCACAGAGAGACUGCGGAGCCCAGUAGUCUUCAGCAAAGAAUCUGCAGUGAGAAAAACACAACUCAAGUCCUUUAGCCAGUAUGUGGAGAGCAAACCAGAGGUAAAGAGGCAGAAAUCCAUCCCUGAGGAUAUGAGGCGAGCAACUGAUGAGAGGGGGUCACCAACAAACUCUGAUAUUUGCAGACCAUUUGAGGAGGAGAAGGCGUUCAAAGACACCAGUCAGUAUGUGGUUGGGGAACUGUCGGCACUGGAGAGCGAGCAGAGGCACAUAGACGCCCGAGCAGCACGCGUGGAGAAGAGGCUGCGCUAUCUCAUGGAUACAGGCAACAACAAAGAGGAGGAGGAGUCCAUGAUGCAGGAGUGGUUUAUGUUGGUCAAUAAGAAGAACGCGCUCAUCCGGAGACAAAACCAGCUCUCCUUGCUGGAGAAAGAGCAUGAUCUGGAGAGGCGCUUUGAGCUGCUGAACAGGGAGCUCAGAGCCAUGCUGGCCAUAGAGGAUUGGCAGAAGACUGAGGCUCAGAAGAGGCGCGAGCAACUGCUUCUGGAUGAACUGGUCAUUCUGGUCAACAAGCGGGAUGCUCUGGUCAGGGACCUGGAUGCCCAAGAGAAAGAGGCUGAGGAAGAGGACGAGCACCUGGAGAGGACACUGGAGCAAAACAAAGGCAAGAUGGCCAAGAAAGAGGAGAAGUGUGUUCUUCAGUGAGCGUCAUGACACUACAAAACAAAUGUAGCCGAUAAAAGAAUUGUACAAUAACUGUUGAUUAUUAUUAUAGUGGGUUUCCGGUUUCUUAUUCACUCAAGAGGCUCUUUUGAAUAUUUGAGCCUAGCAAUGCCUUUGCACCAACUUUUCAAUGACAUAAGCAGUGUCUAUUAUAUUUUUUGUUUUAUUUUCAAUUUGCUUAAUGAGGAAAGGUACUUAAGAAAAACCUGCAUGAGAAAAAAAGUGCAAAACCUGUCGACUGUAUAGUUUAAAUCUGAGCAGCAGCACAAGCUUUUCUGAGGAGACUCGAGGUACAGCACAACAGACUUUUGUAGGGUCGCAAAGAUAGUGUGUUUUCAAUUGGACUUUUAAUGAAAAAACAAACAAAACAUAUGACUUUUAAAAUUACUUCAUUACUUGACUGUAUUUUUUAUUUUUUUCACUCUUGUAACAUAUCUUUAAGGGGAACUAUUACAUGAAUAAUGUCUAUUUCACCUUUCUUAAUCCUUUUUUAUUGUUAUUGAAAGCAGUUUACCAAACGUUUGAGAGCUGGUUCAGCUUAUUUUGAAUCUGUCUUGUUGUAUAUUUUCAUCCCUGCUCUGACCAAUAUCUUACAAUAUUCCUUGUUGGAGGAAUUCUUGCAGUCAAAACAAUUAUGAUAUUAUUUAUUGCUGUUUCCUUUAAGCUGCUUGUAAGUAAUCUACCAUUGCAUUUCAUGCAUUUUGCUCAACAACUUAUUUGUAUUUAUUAUAUGCAGACGUGGCUUCCACACUUUUCAUAGCUUCACUUUUCAGAUGUUUAAGUGUGGACAUUGCUGUUUAUUUAUUCCAGUGUCAUAACCAACUUCAAUAAAGUCCUACAAUUUCAUAUCCAUAAGCUAA